AUUUGACAAAAAUUUACUCAAAGUUUUUCCUUAACUUUAUUGCUACGUACCAAAUACCCUGAACUAUUCCGAUGCAGGUGAUCAAUGUUUGUUUUCCCGAGUGAUACUGAUUUGUGGACUGUGAUACAAACGUGGAGUGAUGAUCGAUCCGUUUAUACCUGAUCGAUCGAUCGAUGGGAGAUACUGUCACGAAAACAUCGUGAUGCUUAUUGGAAACGAGGUUCUGUAAGGAUUAACUUCCGUCCGAGUGUAAUAACGAUGCUGCUCCUUAGGGCGUCCGGCGGGUUAAAAGGCCCGGAAGUGGGGAGGCUGGCUCAUCCAUCAAGAGAUUGCACGGUCACCUGGGUGUAGCGACACACUUCACCGGACGCGAUAUGUGCUUUGGACGCGACCGAGGCGCCCGUAAUGGAAUAAAGCGAAGCGAUGCGAUGCUGAAACACUUUGUGCUCCUGCAUAAUAUGCUGCAGGCGUCAACUGCGGGUCACCAAGUCGACCAUUCGAGGGUUGGUUUCAACGGACUAAUCAACACGGGGAUGAUGCUUCUGCCGGAUGAAACUUACGAGGAGCGUUCAGCUUCGAGGCGAAGCUCGUCGGCCAGCAACGGAAACGCAGAUUCCCUCGAGGACAACGAGGAUAACGAGGAUGUCGUCGACGCCGCGAAGGCUCUGGCAGACCUGAAGCGGUGCGACGACUUCCUCAAGCGCCACAACAUCCGGCCUGAAUUCUUCUGUCGACACAGAGAGCGACUCGCCCUGCAAUCCUGGCUCCUCCAGAGAUCGACCGCAUCCUCCAAACACGCUUCCGGCGGAAUCAACCAUAACCUGCAGAUGGAGACAAAUUACGUCAGCUGUGAAACGGGGGUUGACCGCUAUUCUAUAAAACGUUUGAUAUACGAACACACAAAAAACUAA